UUUUAAAUUUAUUUUAAACAUACAAAAAAAAAUUAAAAAGCAUUGCUGCUGCCUCAAAAUGGUUUUCCUGAUUGCAAUUGAUCGCAAGACGAUACCGAAUUACAUGAAGUACGUCAUUGGCGGCACCGCCGGCAUGUUGGGCACGUGCAUAGUGCAGCCACUGGACUUGGUCAAGACGCGCAUGCAGGUGGGCAAGGGCGAAUACAAAAGCAGCUUCGAUGCCAUAUCGAAGGUGUUCAAAAAUGAAGGCCUGCUGGCCUUCUACAAUGGCCUGAGCGCAGGACUGCUGCGUCAGGCGACUUACACGACGGCGCGCAUGGGCGUGUAUCAGACCGAAAUUGAAUCGUAUCGUAAUUACUUCAACAAGGCGCCCAAUGUGUUUGCCAGCAUGGGCAUGGGCAUCUUUGCCGGCGCCUGCGGUGCCAUGGUCGGCAAUCCCGCCGAGGUGGCGCUCAUUCGCAUGACGGCGGACAACAUGCUGCCGGUGGAUCAGCGACGUAACUACAAGAACGCUGGUGAGGCGCUGGUGCGCAUUGUGCGCGAGGAGGGCGUGCUGGCGCUCUGGCGCGGCAGCAUGCCCACUGUGGGACGCGCCAUGAUUGUCAACAUGGUGCAGCUCGCGUCCUAUUCGCAGUUCAAAACUCUCUUCAAGCAGAGCUUUGAGAUGGCCGAUGGCUUGGGGCUGCACAUAUGCUCCAGCAUGAUGUCCGGGCUGCUGACGACCAUUGCCUCAAUGCCGCUGGACAUGGCCAAGACGCGCAUACAACAGAUGAAGGUUAUCGAUGGCAAGCCAGAGUACAAGGGCACCACAGAUGUGCUGCUCAAGGUGGUGCGCAACGAGGGCGUCACUCAUCUGUGGAAGGGCUUUGUGCCCUAUCUCUGCCGCCUCGGACCGCAUACGGUGUUUGCUUUUGUGUUCCUCGAGCAGCUGAACAACGCAUACUACAAGUAUGUCCUGGGCGAGGAUAACAAAGGAUCGAGUAUCUAAACAGCAGCUUUAGUAUAGUUAGAGAUUUUUUUCUUGUGCAAAGUAAAUAUAUUCAGAGCAAAUCAAA